ACACACAACAAAAACACCUGCAAUACUUAGCAAAGCAACUCAUCUCUUUUCGAUGGCGAUUCCAGUGAUUGAUUUCUCUAAGCUCAAUGGACAAGACAGGGCCCGGACACUUGCUCAGAUUGCCCAUGCAUGCCAGGAAUGGGGCUUUUUUCAAGUGAUGAACCAUGGGAUUGGUGAGGAACUCCUGGAGAGGGUGAAGAGAGUUUCAUCAGAGUUCUAUAAGUUGGAAAGGGAAGAGAAUUUCAACAACUCAGAGGUGGUGAAUUUAUUCAAAGAAACUGGUGAUGAAAAGCUGGAGAAUGUGGAUUGGGAAGAUGUUAUAACUUUGGCAGAUGAUAAUCAAUGGCCAUUCAAGACACCAGGAUUCCAGGAAACCAUGAAGGAAUAUAGAUGUGAGUUGAAGAAACUGGCUGUAAAAAUCAUGGAAGUAAUGGAUGACAACUUAGGGUUACCAAAGGGAUACAUCAAGAAAGCUUUCAACGGUGGAGAAAGCGAAAGCAACGCCUUCUUUGGCACCAAGGUGAGCCACUACCCGCCGUGUCCGAACCCAGAGAAGGUAACCGGUCUCCGAGCUCACACCGACGCCGGUGGCGUCAUCUUACUCUUCCAAGACGACGAAGUAAGCGGCCUUCAAGUACUUAAAGACGGGGAAUGGAUCUAUGUUCAGCCGUUGAAGAACACGAUCGUCAUCAACACCGGUGACCAAAUCGAGGUCCUUAGCAACGGGCGGUACAAGAGUGCAUGGCACCGCGUGUUGAGCACCGUGGAAGGCAACAGGCUGUCGAUUGCUUCGUUUUAUAACCCUUCACUGGAAGCCACGAUUGCUCCAGCAACACAACUAGUGAAGGGGACGAAGGAAGAAAUGGAUCAAACGUAUCCCAAGUUUGUUUUCGGUGAUUAUAUGUCUGUUUAUGUGCAGCAAAAGUUCCUCCCUAAAGAACCCAGGUUCCAAGCUGUAAGGACCGUGUAAGAAGAUCUAAAAUAAAAACCUUUAAAUUUCAGUAUGUUUCUGGGUUAAUUGAG